AUGACUUCAGUUAACGUGGUUAUCACUGAAGUUCCGGUAUCUAAACCGAGUCUUCAGCCCUUGAGCUCUCUGGUGGACAGGACAACAUGUUGGGGGCAGCCAAUGAAAGUGCGCUGCAGUUGCAUGAAGGGGACUUCCGUUCAUUACGCCUGGUACCAACACGCACACCACAAGGACUUCCUGCUGUACCAAUCGUCAGACUUAUACCUGCACUGUGGCUCAGUGGAAAAAGACAGCGAUUAUUACUGUGUAGCCAGUAAUGAUGUAAGCAGUCAGAGGAGUGAUGUUCUCUCCGUGCAGGUUCUGAUGCCUGCAGACCCCAACUGCAUCUAUGUCGUUUAUACGCGGGGCCAACCCAUUUAUGACUGUGCCGACAGAAUGAGCACCACCACGUUCCAAACUCCACCUCUGACUUCCUGCCAAGCUAUUGGCAAAAUCCUCCCUGACACAAGAAACCAGUCUUCACCAAACAAUAAAACUGACCAAGAUCUGUUUUUUUUCAGGGCAUGGACAGGGGUGCCACUUUGGUAUUCAUUCGUGCGUUGGAGUUGUUUUGCAUUCUUACUGAUAUUUCUAGGUGUAGUGCUCAAAUGUUCAAAAGCAAGGCAAAAGCGUGUCAAGAGGAAGAGGAGGGUUUGUGUCAGGCGAAGGCACCAGUUGGCUCAUUGACCAGCAUUUUAUAGUGGCAGUUCUCUCAGCCAUAUCAGCCCUUGUGACAUUGGUUUGUGGUUUUAUUAUUUACCGAAGUUCGUUGAUAACACAUGAUGGUUUAUGACGAGCCAUGGGUCAUAAUGUAUGUCAACAUGUUUAUCAGAGUGUCUCACUGUAGCAUUUGGCUUUUAUUUUUUCCAUUGGUACGCCACCAUCAACACAAAUAAGUAUAUACAAGUAAUUUUCAUGUAUUUAUCCAUAUUUAAAGAGGUGAAAAAAGAUUAAUCUGUCACCACAUGUUAGCUCAAAUAAUACAAGGAUAAAAGUGUAUUUGUUAUACAAUAUAUUAAUGUGAAAUAGUUAUAAUAGGAUGAAGCAACUUUAAGUACUUCUAAUGUGCUGGCUUUAUUUUGAUACAUACUGUACAUU